AUGAAUCCGCCUGGGGCGCUGGACAUGUUGGACGAAAAAGAGGACAAGGACGCAUCAACUCACUUUUUCGCUCCCUCCGUACAUUCGAAAAACCCUCAGGAGCGGAUCCAGGCCCGGCGCCUCCGCAUAGCUGCGCGCCUGGAGUCUCGGAGGCGGGAAGUGCUUGGAGAAUAUGUAGAUGGGAAAAAGGAGAGUGAGGAAGAACAAAGCAAGAGCUACAAACAGAAAGAAGAAAGCAGACUGAAAUUAGCUAAAGUACUGCUCUGUGGCACUGAGUUGGUGACAAAUAUCCAGGUGACUGCAGAGAUGAGAGAGACCCAGCGGAGAGUUGAAGAAGAGGAGAUUAAGCAUCAGAGACUUGAGAAGCUGAAGAACGAAGUUAGGAGAAGCCAGGACAAAUUGGAUGAAAUCACCGCCAAGUGGAAGGAGGGCAAACAGAAGAAGAUUCCCCAGGAUCUAUGGGACACCCUCAAUGCCCAGCAACUGCGCUGUGCUGGACUGAUAGAAGAUAAGAACAAGUUUAUCAGUGAGCUACAGCAGGAGUUAAAGAUAAAAGAUGGCCUAUACAUGAAGGAUUUAAAGAAACAGUCAGAUGACAUCCGCCUGCUCCUGGAGAGGAUGGAAGAACAAGUAAAGAGUGUGAUGAAGACUUACCGCCAGGAGCUCGCUCUCACUGAGAAAGCGUUCGAGAUAGAACGGCAGGAGUUACUAGUGAGCAAUAAGAAGAAAUGGGAGCGGGCCCUGCAGGCUCACAAUGCCAAAGAGCUGGAGUAUCUUCGGAACCGCAUUAACAAGGUAGAGGAAUAUGAAAGGCAGCUGAACAAGCAGAGGAUCUUAGACUGUGAGGAGUACAGCACGAUCAAGAUCAAGCUGGAGCAGGACGUGCAGAUUCUGGAGCAACAGCUUCAGCAUAUGAAGGCAACUUGUCAACUCAAUCAAGAGAAGUUAGAGUAUAACUUCCAGGUGUUAAAGAAGAGAGAUGAAGAAAACACGGUGAUUAAAUCUCAGCAAAAGAGGAAGAUCAAUCGAUUGCAUGAUAUACUUAACAAUCUGAGAUCAAAAUAUGCCAAGCAGAUAAAGCAGUUUCAGGAGGAGAACCAGUCGCUUACCGCAGAUUAUAAGCGCCUUGUGAUGCAAUUUAAGAAGCUACAGAGAGCCACGAGGCGUUCUGCUGUCAUUGAUGAAGAGAAGUUUCGGGAGAUAUGGCUGGUAAAUGAAGAGGAGGCAAAGGAUCUGAUCAGCAAAGCCUUCUGCAUAGACAGAAUCAUCUGCACCCAUCAUCUGGGACUCCCCUGGACAGCACCUGAUUGCGCUUUCUUGAAUAAUACAGGACCUAUUUCUCAACAACAAAAGAAAUCUGCCACAGAAGUAGUAGAAGAGGUGCUGAUGCAAGCAGAAGAGGAGGGAUCAGAAGAGAAUGUCACAGAACUCCAGUCUUACCUGGACCUGCCGAAGCAAGUUUCUGCAAAAACCACCAGAAAGAUCCUGAUGCUCCUGUGUGACGAGUCGGGUUUUCUCAUUGAGAGUAAGGUCCUGAGCUUUCUCCUCCCCCUGGAGAAGAGUGAAUGCUGUCUGCUGAAGUUGGAUGUCAUCUUCUCAGCCCUGGGAAUUGAAAGUGAGGAUGACUUAUAUAAACUGGUGAACUUUUUUGUCAAAUACCGAGCUCAUCGUUUGUCCUCCAGCCAGGUAAGGUGCAGUGCCAUAAAAAUCCCAAAAUCAUCAAUGAAACAACUGAGUGUGGAAGCCAUGCCUGAGUCUGCAGAAAAGUUGUCUAUCGAAGAAGAAAGGAAGGAAGACCUUUCAGAGGGGGAUCAGGAAGAGGAGACCACCCCACCUUCCUCUCCCAGACUUAUCCACCCUAAUGAUGUCCUCAAGGCUCUGAAGGCCUUUGUCAUGGGUCUGAACAAGCCCAGGGAGUCUCAGAUGUCACUGAGGAUGGGGAAGGAGGUUCGAGAUUACUCAAAAGACUACCAGUACUGGAAGGCCCUGAGCAUGGUCAUCCCUCCCAACAAGCUGAACCUCUGGGAUGCUCUGUACCAAGCCCUGGAGAAGUACCACCUCAUCCUGACAAAAAGGGCCAAGCUGCUGAAAGAGAACAGUCAUCUGGAGCAGCAGAACACGGAGUUCCAGAAGCUUCUGCAGCAGUACCUGAAUUCCAACAAGAUAAACUCUGAACUGCAAGUUCCUCCAACUCAAGUGUUCCGGUUACCCACGAAAGAAAGCUAG